CUGGUCCCUGAGAAGAGGUGGAGCUAUGACGAGACUCAUAAAACCCAAAGCUUAUUCCUCAACUCACUGCCAAGGUGACGCGCUCAGCGGCUGGCGAGUACCUCCGACCUCCGCGGAUCACACACAGCGAGUGGUGGGCAUGAACACGGCCGGGUUCGGGAGUUUUUGGUCAAAGGUCUGCUCUCGGUUCCAAAUUUCCUCUCCAAAAAGAACUCAUCUGGCCAGAAGUAACGCGUAAAAACCCGGCACAGGACGCACAGACGCGAAGGAAGUCGGCUGCCUGUACUUGAUAUUUUCCUAUACCUGAGGAUAACUUUGUUCCACUUGAUAUACGGGCUAAAGAGGCAUUACAGAGCGAAUAUGACAGCCGGCUUGGGCCACUGAAGGAGUGAUAAUCGGUGACCGCACAGCCACAUUAUGCAGCAUCCUUUGGAAAUGGGGGCGCAUUACUAUCCUCCGGAGGUACAUGACCACAGAACUCAUCGCUACAGGAGUUUCAUGAUAGAGGAGAUCCUGACUGACCACCCCGAGCAUAAAGCGUCGACUCCGGCCGGGGAGCUCCUUAAAUUCGGGGUACACGCUCUCCUGUCCGCCCGGCCUUUCCAUAACCAGCUGGUGCUAAAAGCCGACCAGACGAGCCUCCUCAAGUUCCCCAUGUCUCCGCUCUCCUGCUCGCUGGGCUCCCCGCUCGGCUCCCCGCUGCUGUCCGCGGCGUCGGGCCUGCAGCUCGGCACGGCGUCUCACCACCUGCCGCUUGACCUGCACCUCCGCGGUAAGCUGGACCACGGGGCCGACGGGGGCAGCAAGACCAAGAAGGGCCGGCGAAGCCGCACCGUGUUCACCGAGCUGCAGCUCAUGGGGCUGGAGAAACGCUUCGAGAAGCAGAAGUAUCUCUCUACGCCUGAUAGAUCUGGCCGAGUCUUUGGGCCUCAGUCAGCUGCAAGUGAAAACAUGGUACCAGAACAGAAGGAUGAAGUGGAAGAAAAUUGUGUUGCAGGGAGGAGGCCUGGAGUCACCCACCAAACCAAAAGGCCGCCCAAAGAAGAACUCCAUCCCCAGCAGCGAGCAGCUCUCUGAACAGGAACGAUCUGCCGCUGACACUGACCGCCAAUCCGAAGGCUCGAGCUCCCAUGAGAACGCUCAGGAGGAAUGACCCCGGCCACUGCUCGCAGAUACUCUGGCUCUAUUACGCAGAGCCUCUGGGACGCUCAGUGUGUAUCUUUUGGAUGGAGCCAGACUCCAAAAACGGCAUGAAGAGGAUGUGCUAAUGCUCCCUGAAGCUGGGCCGCCUUGUGCAGGCUCCAAAGACUCGCAGGUCCCGCAAGAAGUCUAAACUGUACACGCCAACAUGCUCCAACAGCCAAUGUGUUUUUUUUUUUUUAUCGUAGCCCAACGUGCAUUCCCUCUUGAAGAACUUUCUGCUGUUGAGGAGGGAGCUCAAACCUUUGCAGUAGGUCUACCCUUUAUAUUCUAAGGAUCCACUCUCACUCAUCUGUUUUGCAUUCCCUUUGUGUAA